GUCCCGCGGGGCCGCUCCGCUCCGCCGGGCUGCGCGCAUGUGCCGCGCCCGACCCUCCCCCGAGCGGCGGCCGGGCUGAGCGGCGGCGGGGCGCGAUGAAGGACAGGACCGGGGAGCUGCGCGCUGCGAAGGACAGUGAUGAUGAUGAUGAAGUCACCGUUAGCGUGGACCGGGACCGCUUCAUGGAUGAGUUCUUUGAACAGGUAGAAGAAAUUCGAGGGUUCAUUGAUAAAAUCUCAGAGAACGUGGAGGAAGUGAAGAGGAAGCACAGUGCCAUUCUUGCUUCACCCAACCCUGAUGAGAAAACAAAGGAAGAGCUGGAAGAGCUGAUGUCUGACAUAAAAAAGACAGCAAACAAAGUGCGCUCCAAGCUAAAGAGUAUUGAGCAGAGCAUUGAACAAGAAGAAGGACUGAACAGGUCAUCUGCUGACCUGAGGAUAAGGAAAACUCAGCACUCAACGCUGUCGCGCAAGUUUGUAGAAGUGAUGUCUGAGUACAACGCCACGCAGACUGACUACCGGGAGCGCUGCAAGGGCAGGAUUCAGAGGCAGCUGGAGAUCACUGGCAGGACCACCACCAGUGAGGAGCUGGAGGACAUGCUGGAGAGCGGCAACCCAGCCAUCUUCUCCUCUGGGAUCAUUAUGGAUUCAAACAUCACCAAGCAGGCACUGAAUGAGAUUGAGACACGGCACAGUGAGAUCAUCAAGCUGGAGAACAGCAUCCGAGAGCUGCAUGACAUGUUCAUGGACAUGGCCAUGCUGGUGGAGAGCCAGGGUGAGAUGAUUGACCGCAUUGAGUACAACGUGGAACACUCUGUGGACUACGUGGAGCGGGCUGUGUCUGACACCAAAAAAGCAGUGAAGUACCAGAGCAAAGCCAGACGGAAGAAGAUCAUGAUCAUUAUCUGCUGUGUGAUCCUGGGUAUUGUCAUUGCCUCUACCUUCGGCGGUAUUUUCGGAUAGACUCACCCCCACAGGACUGUUUGUGAUGGAUGGAGCCGCGCGUACCACGGGGCUGCAGCCACACUGGAGCGAACCACGCAGCCCCCGGAGCUUCCCAGCAGCAUUUCAGUUUCUAAUGCAUGGUUGUUUGUGAUGCUGUGUGUGCGGUGCGUCUGUGUGGAGGGAGCACCAGCCUUGGGGUGCAGGCGGGGUGCAGGGGACAGUGAUGGGCGUGAGGGGGACCUCUGGGGAGAACCUGAGCUCUCAUCACUGCACCAGCCUGAGACACUGGCUGGGACCAGGUGGGGACAGAGGUACCAUUGGGCACUGCUGCUCUUCUUGUGCUAGGCAGUUUGUGUUAGUGACACCUGAAGAUGAGACAAAUGAUGGGCAGAGUCCUCAGGAGCACAGAGCCCAGUCAACUUUUCCCAGCUCUUCCCAUCACCUUCAGCCAGAACUCUUGUGUCUGUCAGCCACAUCCGUGUUUGCAAAACACUUUUCCUCAGGCUGCUUUACUCAUGAGGCACUUCCCCGUGGUGCACUCUGCCAGGCUCUGCCCUCCCUGUGCACAUACCUGGCUGCAGGGCUCCAUUCCUGCUGCUCUGCUAGUGGUGGAGCUGCCUGCUGCCCUGUGCAAGCCCUUGCCCCAGUGCAGGUGCCUCGGGCUGGAUGUGCUGCUGCUGGCCAGUGAGUGGUGCUGCUUGGGGCCAUCUCUGAUUCUUAGGGAUGGGGACAGUCACAUGGGGCUCAGUGCUGCACCUCAGUACUGGCCUGGCAGGGCAAGAGGCCACAGGUGGUUUGAGGCCACCAACUUUCACUGGCUGCUUGCCCUGCUCCAAAUCCUCCUUGUUCUGUUCUCAGCUCUGGCACACAGUGGCCCUGGCACUUGCUGUCCCCAUGCCUGGGCUUAGGCUGUCAGAGUUUGAGGACAGCUCUGACACCCACAGCCCCAGGUGGUACUUAUCUGGGAGCAAGGCUUUACCCAGCCCAACUCCUCCACAUAUACACCCUUGGGCUGGGGGCUGGAGGCAAUGGGGCUUUCUCCUGUCACAGUCCCAGGGAGCAGCAAAGGCUUGCAUCCACACCCUGCAAGCUAAAAGCAGCAGCCUUCUUUCUCCUCCUUUUGUCACCAGCUCCUGAGCAGGGCAAGGCCUGACCUCUUUCCAUCUCUACCACAUCUGAGCAUCUGCCUGCCACCUCCUUCUGUCACAGUGUCCUGCUGCCUGCUCUUCCAUGGGGCCAUCAGGGAGACACCUGUACACUGUGGGCUGCUGUGCCAGCACCUAGGUGCCCCAUGCUGUCAGCUUUAUCUAUUGCAUGGAUGCAGCCCUGUUGCCACCAUCCUGUUACUUGCAUGCUGCUGCCUCAGUCCAACACCAGGGGUCUGCCCUUGUAUUCCUCAGGAGAGUCUGGUGCUCUGGCUGGCCCAUGAAAUGCCAAAGCACUGUGGAGGAGCCCGAGCAGGGUAGGUGCUGGUGCCAAGCUUGCAGACAUGCACUAGGGUGGAGGCUGGACAUGAGCCCAGAUGCUGGUAACAGAAAAGAGGCACUUGAUGGCAGUGAGUACUCCAGCUGCAGGCAGCAUGCUGCCUCACUGUUUCAAUCAGGGGCAGCUGAGUGCACUCCACCUCCAUGUUCCCUGAGGGCUAAGGAGUGGAAGCUGGGGCGGAAGGGCGAGGGCAGGCCUGGUUGGAGCUGAGCCCUGCCCCACCCCGUGCUCCAUCAUUCUGCCUGGCUGGUAUAGCACUGGCACUGGCCUUGUGCAGCAUGCCCACAGGUGCAGGGUGCAGGGCAGCAGGCUGUAGCCAGGACACAGUCCUGCUUUCCCUGAGCACAGCCCUCCCUGUCACUAUUACCAAAGGUCCCACAACAGAACCCUGCUUGCAUUCAGUCACUGCUGGGGAGCGUGUCCAGCCCAGUCCCCCAUCCUGCCCAGCCCAAGCCCCCAGCACCUGUGGCCAUGAGAACAUCCAAGAGCACAGACUCCUUCUUUCAGAGUCCCGUGACAUCUAAUAUUAGCUACACCACUGCAGUCUGUGUGUGCACAAUGGCUUGGGGCACUGGGACCCCUGCAAGCAGGGGCAGGCAGGCUCUGGAGACCCCUCCAGGGUAGGAAGCAGGCACUGGCAUAGCCCUUGCUGUGUGGGCAUGUCUGGCUACAGGAGAGAGAGGUGGAGGUGAUGUACAAUGCCUGCUGCUUCUGUCCCAGUGCUGGUGCCUGCCACUGCAAUUCUGCACAUUGCUGUGCUAAGCUAGUGUGAGCUGCAGGCCCCCUCCUCUGGGAAGCAAUAACACUACUGGUAGGGCUGCUCCUAGGUGGGCAGGCAAGAGUUCAUCUCAGGCUCUGACCCCGCAGCAAUGCCCACUGCUAGCACAAGGGGACUUUUUCUUUUUUCUUCCAAGAAAUGGUUUCUGUGAUACAAGCUCAGAUGACCUCAGUGCCCAGCCCCAUCAAGGCACAAAGCCAAGAACAGCACUGGUGUGGUUUCUGACACUUGCUCCGUGUCGAUACCACCACUGCCAGCAGCAGGAACCAGACGGCACUGUGAUUUUGCCACUGGCGCUUUGCUGGGAUCGUGCAGGCAGUGAUAGCUGCAUGCUCUGACAUGAUGGAGGUAGAGGAGCAUGCUGCCUUCACUGCCCUGCAGGCUGUCUCUCACUGUCCUUGCUGUGAGGAGAGGGUGUUUUGGUGCGAUAGUUUCCCCUGCGCUAUGGGAAGCCCCAUUGAGUUCCUUUUUACCUGCCUGUCAUUGCAUGUACAGACUGAAUCACCAAUAGUGUGGUUGUACUUUGGGGAAACAUUUCACUUUUUCUUUCUAGCCCCCAACCUCAGACCACUUAUCCUUUGGGUUUUGACACCUCUGUUCCAAGUGCCACCUGCCCUCCUAGCACCACGAGCAUGUUGAUGCAGUAUUCUAUGAGCAGUGUGGGGCACACACAGCUUGCACUUGAAUUGGGGAUUGGGGAUUUAUUUUUUUAGUUGUAUUUUUUUUGUUUGUUUGUUUUUUAGUAAGUAAUGUACUUGAAGGCUUUCCAAGCCCUCUGUGGAGUUGUACUGUUGCUGUACUGUGAGCUAAGUGUCCUUGUUUUCUAUGUGGAUCUUGACCCUAGCUUGCUCUGUCUCACUGGGCUGGAUGACACUGUAUUGUUGCCUCUUUUCUCCUUCACCCUUUCCCUCCCGGCUAACCUCCCUUCCUUCUCCCAAAGCUUUGGGUGCAAAACAGCUUCCCGUUUUGUGGAAUUUUUAUGUAGAAUAAACAUUUGUAACUGUAAA